AUGUCGAACAACAAGACAGCUGGCGGGAACGCCGCGUUCCACAACUUUCACAAUGACUUUGCUCACGUCCAGGACCCGAACGAACGAAGACGGUUGGCUCUCGCAGAGAUCGACAAAGCCCCCUUUGGCUGGUACCAUGUCCGAGCCAUUGUCGUCGCCGGUAUUGGGUUCUUCACCGAUGCCUACGAUAUCUUCGCCAUCAACAUGGUGACCGCCAUGUUGGGUGUUGUCUAUUGGCAAGACGCCGCAACCAAACCCGGCCAAAUCCCUUCCAACUCCGAUACUGCCAUCAAGGUUGCAACAUCAGGCGGCACUGUUCUAGGUCAAGUCGGCUUCGGUUGGCUUGCCGAUGUCGUUGGCCGUAAGAAGAUGUAUGGUCUCGAGCUCAUCCUCAUCAUCUUCUGCACUUUGGCUCAGGCUCUUUCCUCCGACUCCGCCGCUAUCUCUAUCACGGGAAUUAUCAUCUUCUGGCGAGUCAUGAUGGGUAUCGGCAUUGGUGGUGAUUAUCCUUUGUCUUCGAUCAUUACCUCUGAAUUCGCAACGACCAAGUGGAGAGGUGCAAUGAUGGGCUCAGUGUUCGCCAUGCAAGGCAUCGGCCAGUUUACCGCUGCUAUGGUUGCUCUUUGCGUCACCGCUGGCUUCAAAGAGUCUCUUCUCACCGCCAAGACCGUUUCCGCAUGCGAUGGAGUCUGCUUGCUUGCUGUUGACAAGAUGUGGCGAGUGAUCAUCGGAUUUGGCGCAGUUCCUGGUUGCAUUGCCCUAUACUUCCGUCUCACUAUCCCCGAGACUCCUCGCUACACCUUCGAUGUUGCCCGGGAUACCGAGAAAGCCGUAUCCGAUGUCAAGGCCUAUAAAUCUGGGGCGCACGAAGGAAAGCCCGAUGAAGUCAGCCGUGCCGGUGUCCUCCAGGAUUCUCGCGAGCGACUCGCUGCUCCUAAGGCAAGCUGGGCUGACUUCUGGCGCCACUACAGCCAAUGGAGGCACGGCAAGGUCCUCCUCGGAACAGCUGGGUCCUGGUUCUUCCUCGACGUCGCCUUCUAUGGUCUCGGUCUUAACAAUUCUAUUAUCUUGAGUGCAAUCGGCUACGCCAAGGGCAGCAACGUCUACCAUAUCUUCCGCAACACCGCCGUUGGCAACUUGAUCAUCGUCUGCGCCGGCGCCAUCCCCGGCUACUGGGUCACAGUCGCCACCGUCGACACUAUCGGCCGCAAGCCGAUCCAACUCAUGGGCUUCACCCUCUUAACCAUCCUCUUCGUCGUAAUUGGCUUUGCUUACAACCACCUGUCGCAAAGCGGCCUGCUGGCACUUUACGUCCUAUGCCAAUUCUUCUUCAACUUCGGCCCCAACGCCACGACCUUCAUCGUGCCCGGAGAAUGCUUCCCAACACGCUACCGCUCCACUUCGCAUGGCCUCUCUGCCGCAUCCGGCAAAGUUGGCGCCAUCAUCGCACAGGUUGUGUUCGGACCUCUCCGAACCAAGGGCCACGCCACCGCCGACAACCCAUCGCCGUGGUUGAACCACGUCAUGCAGAUCUUCGCGCUGUUCAUGUUGUGCGGUAUCUUCACCACCCUCCUCAUCCCCGAGACCAAGCGCAAGACCCUCGAGGAACUUGCCGGCGAAGUCCCCGGAACACCCAACUAUGAUCCCGAGUCGUCUGGCCAUCGCAAGGAUUCUUAUGUCCCCCCGACGAGUGAGACUCACUCGGGGGAGAUCACUGAGACAGCAGAGAAGUCUGCUGUGUAA